AUGGCAACACCAAGCACCUCCCCCACCACAACCCUGGCGCGCAGCACCCACCCAUCAAGCCACAACCCCCAAGAACUCGUCCUCCACCUCCGCGCCUACCCGGCCUCUUCUUCCGCCAGCUCAUCUGACCUGAAAUCAACGCCUCGUACAUCUGUCGACCCCCCGCCGCCCAGCAGCCAGAAUGAUGGGUCCAUCACGCUGUACGCUACCUCCUACCUGACCCGUGGCGCGUCCGUACUGCCCACGACAGCUGGGGAUGGGUUGACGAUGCUGGAUCGAUUUAUCCCUCCUGCGGGGAAACAUGGUGUGGUUUGGAGGGUGGAUGAUGAUACGGCUCGACCGAGUGCCGCAAGCGUGUCAAAAGCUGAAGAGUUGGAGAGUCUUCUCAAAGAACGGUAUGAGCAAUGUUCGAGGACUGGACAUCAGCUGGAACCGUUCUUGAAAGGGUCAUUUGCCCCGUUAGCUUCUGGCAAUCGGAGUACAUCCAUGAGCUAUAUCACCAAAGCGUUUGACCGGACGCUGAAGGAGCAUGGGACGGAGGUGGCUGAGAGUGUGUAUGGGGGGUUUGAAGGUAAGGACAGGGUUGGAUUAAAGUGCGUUUUGGCGGGGGAGUUUGAAAAGGUUACGGGGGAGAGGCUGGAGAGGCUUGAUAUGGGAGAGUACAGUAGGGCGCUCAAAAAAGGGCAGGGGGUGCUUGGACCGCAGCCUGAGCCAGUACAGAGAUGA